AUAUAUGUAGAUGUAUGUGUGUGUGCAUCAGCAUCGGCAUUUAAUUUAAUCUGGAUCUGGAUUAUACAAUCGCACAGAGUUGAAUAUUAUGGAAAAGGCGAAAGCGUAUAUCAAAAAUGAACUCCGUGGCGGCAGCGUUCCUUUGCAAUCCGAGCCAGCAACAACAUCGCCACACAGUCAUCAUAAUCACAAUCCGCACUUGGCUGCCGCGGAGCUGAUGCCAUCGCCUCUUGGGGGCUAUCAGUCAAUGCAGCAUUACUAUCCAUCCGUCAAAUCCACGGGACGCGCUUCGGCACCACCAGAACACCAUCAGAUGCAUUCAGCAUCCCCGGCCGGACCGGCAUCCGUUUGCUUUGUGUGCGGCGGACAUGGCAGCUAUGAAGCGUUGCGCAUACGUCCCAAUCCGGAACGGCCGGGUGAGGCGCACUUUCCGUUUCUGGAGCGGCACGAGCCACCGCAGGGCGUGCCCAUGGUGGCCAGCAAUCAGGUCUAUGUGAUGGCCUGCAUCCUAUGCUACCGCUCGCUGCUGGAACAAUGGGAUUCCUUUGAGCGACAGAAGAAACCGCUGGUCCAGCGCAUUUAUCACAUGAAGCGAGUGGAUGGCAAGGCUUACAUCGGCGCAGAUAUCGCCACCCAAUCGGAGUAUGCGGCUCAAAUGUUGGGCCUGAGUGCUGAGCAUUUAACCCAGAAUGGCAUCGGGGAACAACCACUCGAUGCAUAUCGGCAUUAUGCACCACCAACACCACAGCAGCAACAACAGCAGCAACAGCAGCAGCAGCAGCAUAACCACCAGCACCACAGUACCUCAACGAACGCCUCGCCGGAUUACUAUCCACGGAAUGCGACGCCCACCAGCCACAAAUACCUGAGUCGACCCCAGUCGCGGGACAUGCAGCUGCCCUCUCCGCUCUCGCGACCACCCAGCGAGCCGCCUGCCCGCAGUUCCAGCUCCAGUUUUGCGCAGCACAAGUUCAAGCUGGGUACGCAUAGCUAUCAGCCUGGCGCACCACCGCCACCGGGUCCGGGUCCGGGUCCGCCACCACCGCCACAAUCCCCGGCCCAAUAUCAGCCGGCGCAAUACCAGCAGUUGCAGCAGCAGACGGCCGCCUACCACAUGUUGCAACAGGUGGCCGCUGUUUCGGGCGAGUCACAAGCCCACUACAAGGGUAAUCCAUAUAGCAUUAGCUCAACACUGCCGCCCAGCCUGGAGGAUGAUAAUGCCACCGUUUUGGAUCUACGUAAUAUAUCCGCUUCAAAUCUAGCCACUGCAGCUGUGACGUCCACUUCGGCAAUAGUGCAGUCGGGCAGCUGCUCCAAUAACUCCAGCAAUUCAAAUGCCGCCACCGUUGCCACGCCCACCACAGAGGUGGGCAUCCUGGAUCUGUCCAUGCCCGACAAGAACUCCAUCACCGAGGUGUGCUACGUGUGCGGCGAUGAGCAGCGUCGCGGCAGCCUCGUCGAACUGAGCACCGUUAAGCCCAAGGAGGGAUCCCGGAUCGGUCACUCAAUUGCCUAUUUUCCGCUGUUCAACGAGCAGCAUCCACGUCCACCCCGCUCCCGACCGAAAGAUCCACGCGGCAUGAUUCAGGCGUGCAUGCCCUGCCACGAGGAUCUCAUGCAGCAGUGGAAUGCCCAUCAGGCCGCUCACACGCCAGAGUCACAGCGUUCUUAUUUGUUGAGAAAGCGUUCGGCGCCCUCGGCGGAAAGAACAACGUUUGUGUGCUACACUUGUGGCAUGGAUACGCCCUCGUCACAGUUGAGACUUGUGUAUUGUUGCCCCAACACCGAACGGGAGCCCUACUAUCCGUUCAUCAAGACAAUGAAGGUCUAUAAGAAUGCUAGUCCAAUCAGUCCGCAAGGAAUGGUACAGAUCUGUGCCGGCUGCAGCGAGAAGCACCACAGUCUGGCGGAAGGUGGCACUCCAGUUGCUGCUGCUGCUGCUCCAGGCUCGGAGCCGGGUGCAGCGCACUCGCUGGAGUCCAGUGGCGCCAUCUACAGUGUCAAUCACUCAACUACGUUUGUGGGUCGGAAUUCGCCAUCGGAAAAAUCGCUUGCGAAUUCAGAUUCAACGUGCAAUGUGCGAUUCAAGCCAUAUGAAACGAAUUCCAACAACUCCAACUCGAACACAGCGCGCGAUUUUAAGCAGAUUAGACGAAGCGAUUCGAGACCCAGUUCGCCCAGUUCGACCCAAGGACACAUCGAGAAUGGACAUGCCCAGUACCCCUGUUCUAUAUGCAAAGUGCUUUGUCCGUCCAAUAAAAUGGAUUGGCUGUCCACGAGUGCCGAGCAUAUGAAUUCGCAUGCGAUGCACUUUCCCUGCCUCAAGGCCAAUGCCAGCAGUAAUGGUCUAAGCAACAAUAACAACAACAACAACACCACAACCAAUAAUAACACCAACAACAACAUCAACAUCAAUAACAGCAGCAGCAGCAACAACAACAGCAACAACAGCAAUAACAACAACAACGAACUGAACAGCAAUCGUGUGUUAGCCUGCAAGGAUUGCAUUAGCUACUUAACCAGCCAGUGGGAGUCAAUGGACGCGGAACGUGUGCCCUUGGAGCACAGAAGAUACAACAUUCCAUCGCCCAUGAUGACCUCUAGCUCGCCGAAUGGAUCUCGCCAUGGUGCGAUGAGUACCUGUACUCCGCCCUCAACGCCAUCCGUCUCCUCAUCAACGCCUGCCAGCACCUCAAUCUACUGUUUCCUCUGCGGCCUGCAUUCGGAUUUAACUCUUGCCCGCAACCUGUAUGGCAGCAAAGAGGGCUCAAGACCUUAUUUUCCACUGUUGCUGAAACACAACUCUUUGCCAAAUGCUGAGCAGCUGCGAAACAAUACGGCGCUAGUCUGCACAUUUUGUUAUCAUUCCAUGUUGAAUCAGUGGCGCAAAUAUGAAGCUCAGAGUCCUAGUACCAGUCCGGCGGAUCGCAAAUACAAUUGGCACGAUUACAACUGUCAUCUGUGCGGCAUAACGACUUAUAGGAAACGGGUCCGGGCACUGCCUGUGAAUGAGUUCCCCUUUGUGAAGCAUCAGAAGAGCGACGAUGGCCUGCUCCUGGAGAAUGGUGAAUAUGCCGUCGUUUGCUUGGACUGCUAUGAAAGCUUAAGGCAACAGGCAUCGCAACAUGAUCGCUUUGGGGUGCCCAUCUCUAGGCGGGCCUACAAUUGGGUGCCCCAGCCGCCGCCACCCGAGGAUAGUCCAGAGGCCGCAGUGGCACGUCUGCCCUGCGGCGAACGCUCCGAUCGCAUCUUGAUGAGCAAUGCACUGAGACCCAUUCCAAGCAAGAAGACAACGUCGCCAAAGCAAUACGAAAAAUCAAAAGAAGUGCCGCCGAAGGCUGGACAGAAGCGACCGGCCACCAGUCCGGCUCCCCACAUACCCGUGCCACUUCAUUUGCAAACGCCGUCAAAUUCAGCUUCAGUUGCCAAUAGUCCAGCGCCGCCCAAUGCGAGCAGCGGACUGCUAAAUCACGCCCUGCCCACCAACCAUAUUGGCGGCCAGUCGCCUCAGCAGCAGCAGCAACAGCAGCAACAACAGCAACAACAGCAACAGCAGCAGCAGCAACAGCAGCAACAUCAGGCGCAUCAACAGGCCGUCGCUGCUGCAGUGCAACAGCAGCUGGCAGGCGUUGGAGUUGGUGUCGGAGUUCCACCCGGUGCUAUCAAUGCAGCAUCGGCGGCCAGUGCUCGUGGCUCAUUUGCCGCCGCAUUGCGCACGCUGGCCAAGCAGGCGGACAUCAAGGAAGAGGACGAUGCGGUUCAAGUGGCCCGGGAGCGAAAUGUGCCCACUUCAGUUGCCCAGACGCAGCCCAAUAGCGGACCCGUACCCGUGUCCCUCAAUUCGGUAGCUGGACGUGUUGCCUCCGGUGGCGUUGCUUGCGAGGAUCGCACCGUUAGCAAUAAGAAACGAACGGUACCUUCGCCACAGCCACCCGAAAAGAUGGCCAGGCUUAGUCAUACGCCACAGGCGCCAUCACUGCAACCGGAGCUGCUUGCCCGCAGUGGCUUCCAGCCGUACAGAUCCGAUGAGCGACUAAUGCAUCCGGCGGGUGCCUUCCCCCUCGAGGCCUACUCACAUUUUGCCAGCCUGCAAGGCCUUCCUCCAGCAGCAUUUCUGAAUCCGGCGGCAGUACCGUACUCAGAUCCGCUAUACUUGGAGCAUCGCUAUCAGUUGUUCCGUGCCGCUGGCGGUCAUCAUACACACCCACAUGCGGCGGCACUCUAUCCACAGAUGGCAUCACCCUACUCCCAUCUGUACUCGAUGAUGCCCGGGGCGGCGUUGGGUAUCUCGCCGGCGAUGCACGAUCGCAUGAAGCUGGAGGAGGAGCAUCGGGCGCGAGUGGCGCGCGAGGAGGAGCGCGAACGUGAAAUGCAGCGCGAAAAGGAGCGCGAGUUGCGCGAGCAGCGUGAAAAGGAGCAGCGCGAGCGGGAGCGCGAGCAGCGCGAACGCGAACGUGAGCAACGCGAAAAAGAGCAGCGCGAAAAGGAGCAAAAGGAGAAGGAGGCACGCGAGCGCAAGAUGCGCGAGGAGGAGCGCGAGGCGAGGGAGCGGGAACGCCAGCAGCUGCUCAAUGCGACGCAUCACUAUUCGAACCAGUUGUACGCGCCACUGAAUCGCAACCUGCUCGGCUCCAUGAUGCCGCACAUUAAUCUCGGGCUGCGCGGUCCACCCGGUGGACUUCACAGUCUGGCCGGUAUGUCACACUAUCAUGCAGCGGCAGCGAAUGCCCAGCGCCAGAGCCCGAUGGGCCUCAAUCUGGGCAUGCCGGGUAUGCAGUCGCUGCCGCAUCAUCUGCAGCAGGCAGCAAUGGGCUUGGCUGCUCAUCCUGGUGCAGCGGGUCUAACGCAUCCCGGUUUCUCAGCCGCCGCUGCGUUGGGCUUGAGUCCGCAUCCGCACAGUCUCAAUUUGAGUCAUGCUCAUCUGUCGCCACAUCAUCCGGUGCAUCAAUUGCCGCCACACACUGUUGCCGCCUCCUCGGCGGGUCCCAGUCCCGUUAGCACUGCUGCUGUUAGCUCCUCAUCGCCGCACAGCAGCCUUAAUCUAACAGUCGCCACCAGCAGCAUGGCCCAGACGACGCCGACGCAAAGCUCGCACAUUCCGACCAUGAGCCACUACUACCAUCAUGGCCAUUUGGCGGCAAUGCACGCAGCGGCUGCAGCUAGCGGCUUAACGCCCGUCGCCGCCCAUCAGCAGCCGAUAAGCGCUGCCGCGCAUCCCACAUCCCCGAAGAUUACCCCGCCACUUGGCUCGGCGCCCAAUGGUGGAUCACGCACAGCCAGCAGUCCACAUGCCAUGCGGCAUCACAUUGCCGCCGCCGUCGCCGCCGCCGCACAACAACAACAACAACAACAGCAACAGCAGCAACAGCAGCAGCAGCAGCAGCAACAACAGCAAUCGGUUCAAUUGCUAGAGAAGAGCAACGCGGCCCCGACACCGAUCACCCACGAGCCGACGACGCUGGAUCUGACCGGUUCCAAUUCGAACUCGAGCCAGCAGGCGCAGUCGAGUGCCAGCAAUAGCACCUCUGUUGCCCAUGAGCUCAAUGGCAUCGAGUCCAAUGGACCCACAGAUAGCAACAAGGAAGCCACACAGCAGACGAUCCUCAAGGAGGAGAGUGCCACGUCCCCGGUGCAGCUCGAAAAGAAGCCAGCAACGCCAAAUGCUGCUGAGAAGACCCUACUCCCCGAUAGCUCGCCGGAGAACACAUCCCGUCGGAGCGCCAGUCCACCCAUCUCCGACAACAACAACAGCAGCACCAAUGCCAACAACAUCAUCAACAUCAACAACAACAACAAUUCAAACAGCACUGCAACAGGAGCUGGUGUGGCACAAGAGGACAACAAAAGUGCGGUUGGUCAACUUGGUCGCAGCAAUAAUGUUGAGGAGGCAACAGCCUUAUGACACCAACUCUUCAGCAACACGAACAACUAACUAAUGAAAAACUUUGGCGAUAUUGGGAUGUAUCUACUAUCGGAACGGGCGCUCCAUCAGCAGCGCAAGCGGAUGCUCGACGAGUUUCUAAAGCUUUAGGGCCAAUUAGCAAAAAAGCAGCAAUAUGAAUCGCCGCCAUAAAAAAGUACUACUUAAUAAAAAGAAAAAUAAAAAAAAUAAAAAAAAAACAUAACUACUAUGUAAAUCCCCUUUAGCAGAUAUCAGAUAUUUGUUCGUUCUCGGUGUUACAAUCUAACGUUUACCCAAAGUUGAAGUCGAAUGCAUGCAUGCAG